AUGGUGGAUCAGGCCAAAUCUCCGAUUCCACCGGCAGGAAAUAGCAAAUUGGAUCAGUUAUCGAAAGAAGAUUUGGUGAAAUUCGCCAAAAAACAGGUUGCAAACUUGGCCGAGGCGAAAAAGAAUCAAGUGGCGCUUGUAGAGAAAUUGAAGCAAAAACUAGGAGAAUUGGAGCAAAUUCGUGCGGAAAAUGAGCAAUUAAAAGAGCUCAAGGAGAAAUCAAUAGCCAGUGAUAUGGUGCAACUAGAGCUACGCGAUGCCGAAUCAAAAAUCGAUAAUUUGAAUAGAGCACUUCGCGAGAAAACCGAAGCGUUGAUUAAAGCGCACGAGGUGAUUGGUGAGAAUGAUGGAAAGGUUUUGGAAUUGCGUGGAAAAUUGGGGGAUUUUGCGAAGAUUCAGGAGGAGAAAUCGAGGAUUUUGGAGGGUUUUGAGGAGGAAAAGAAGAAACGAUUGGAACUUGAGGGGAAAUUGAGGGAGGCUGAAGGAAGAAUAGGAGAAUUAAGUGACAAGCAGGGAAAUGAGAAGAUGGGUUUGGCGAGGAAAAUGGCUGAAAGUGAAUGUAGAGCUGGAUUGUAAGUUUUUAAUAAGAUUUUUAUAUAUAAGUUAAAAAUCCUGAUUUUCUGCAGACUCGAAGAAGCUAUAAGCGUUCUCAAAAAAGAGAAUCACGACCUAUCAGAAAAAUCCGACAACUAUCGCUCGCAACUCGAACAAAUCGAAAAAGAAUUCGCCGAGUUCAAAAACAAGGCUCGCGCAGUUCUCGAAACUCAUCAAAACGCAAAAAGUUCGGUGAAUUUCGAAAAAGAGGAGAUUGAUCGAUUAAAGGAACAUGUUGGGGAAUUGGAGCGGGAAAUUGGGAAUUUGAAGGAGGAUGAUGCGAAGAAUUUGGAGAAUUUGGCGACGGAGAAGGAUCGCGUGGAGAAGUUGACAAGGGAUUUGGAGCGCUUGAGAAGACGGGUUGAGGAAUCGGAGAAUAGUCAUCUUAGGGGGUGAGUUAGGUGUUUAACAGCUAAAAAGGCACAAGAAAUACUAAAAAAUAAUUUCAGAAUGGAUGAUCUUCGAGAAUCUUCUUCUAAAACAAUCCAAAGACUUGAAGAGGACCUCCGAAUUCUUCGAAAUUCCAAAGAUUCGCUGGAAAACAAGCUGAAAGAUGUGACGAUUCAAAAAGAGAAAGCUGAAUAUUUAUUGAAGGCUGAAAAAUGCCGCGCGGAGACGGAGAUCCAAGGAUUGACAGCAAAACUGGAAUCGGCUAGAAAAUUGCAAAAAUCGCUGGAAAAUCGGCUGAAAUUUGAGGAGAAUGAGGAGAAACCGGUGCCGAAGGCGAUUGUUCAGCCGCAGCAACAGCAGCAGAAUCUGGAGAGGAGUACUGUAGUUGAGGCAACUCAUGAGCCAUUGUCUAUGCAGUCUUCAGUGGCUAUUAAUGAUUCGGUUUCGUGUUAUAAUGAAGAAACACAGGUAAUUUUGAUUUUGACAUGUGGCAAGAGGUUUUAGCGGAGAAAAAAUUACAUUUGGAAAAUUUUGAAACUAAAUUUGACAUGUGGAAAUGGAAAUUCCACAUGUCAGGGGUUUUUUAGCGCGAAAAAAUUUGAAUUUGAAAAAUGCAGAAAGUUUAGGACUUAAAUUUGCCACGUGGAAUAUUUCAGAGAGUUCUUUGAACCAAAAAAAUUGAAUUUUAAAAAAUUCAGAAAAUUUAGGACCUAAUUCUGCCACGUGGAAUAUUUCAAGUGGUUUUUUGACAGCAGAAAUUUUGAAUUUAAAAAAUUCUGAAAAUUUCAAAACUAAUUUCGCCACGCGGACAAGAAAAUUCCACGUGUCAGGGGUUUUUUGACGCCAAAAAAUUUGAAUUUGAAAAUUCUGAAAAUUUUGAAUCUAAUUUUGCCACGUGGAAUAUUUCAGGUGGUUUUUUAGUGCAAAAAAUUUGAAUUUUAAAGCCAAUUUUGCCACGUGGAAUUUUUCCGGCUCCAGAGAUUCCACACCUCUCCAAAAUUCUGAAUUUUUCAGCAAGAUCGAUCGCUUGAAGAUAUUCUUUAUGGAGAUAUUGAAGAAGACUACAGUAAGUUCCCAAUUUUUUUCAAAUUCAUAACUAAUCCCCAUCGUUUUCCAAUUCUCAGAAACCGAAAGCUUCGAACUGAACGAGGAAAAAUUGGCGAGACUUCAAGAAGAGCUCGAAAAAAUGCAAAAAACCAAUUUGCAUAUUGGAGAAUUGUUGAGCGAAGCCGAAUCGGCGAAUGGCAGAUUAGUUAGUCAGAAUACUUUGCUGAAAGAGGAAAUUCGAAGAUUGGAAAGGAAAGAAGAAAGAGCAGAAGAGUUGUCGAAUGAGAAAAAUAUGGAAUAUUUGAAGAAUGUCGUGGUUCAGGUGGGGGAUUUAUUUUGGAAAAACUUGAAAAAUAACAGAAUUUAUCUUUUGUUUCAAUCUGAAUAGAGCUGGGCUCAAAAAAGCCUAAUUUUCGGGCCGAAAAGAUUUAUAGGCCUAAAAAGUUCUUAUUUCUGAAUUUCUCAUGUAGAGCGAUAUAUAUUGAAAAAAAAUAUUUGAUAAUAAUUAUAUCAAAAUUUUGAAACGUAUUUUUUUUGUUUUUGAAAAAUUUGAAUUUUUGAAUGAAAUUUUGGAAACAUGCAUUUCUCAUGUUAAAUAAGUUAGAUGACAUCAAAUUUUCAAAUAUAUUGCUCAUAUUAACCUGAUCUAAUUUUGCGAAAACAUUGCUCAUAUUAAACAUUCAAAAUUUCUUAAAGGACCUUUUACCAACUACAAAAAAAUCUUGAUACAUUGCUCAUAUUUAACUUCAGAAAUUAGCCUAUUUUCUGGCCAAAAGGCCCAGAAAGCCUAAAAAAUCGUGUUUUUGCAGUUCCUGAAACCCACAACAUCUCCAGCCGAACGUGCCCAACUAAUAAUCGUCCUUCAACGUGUACUUCACCUAAGUCCACAGGAAACUGAAAUUCUCAAAAAUUGUCAAGGUAAGAAUUCUACUCUUAUUCUUCUUUCCCAAAAUUAUUCUAAAUCCCAAAAUUAUUUUUUUUUUCCAGAAAUUCUGACGCCAAACACAUCGAAUUCCUGGUUUGGUUGGACAUAA